CUCUCUCUAAAAUAAAAAAAUGUCAUCUUUCGAAAUCUCUCACAUUGAUUUAGAAAAUGGUUACGGCGAGCGACAUUACCGCCGGAGUGACGUCAGCGAGAUCGGAGAAGACAGCUCUUCUUGUGACUACGACUACGAUUUUCACUCAGCUGUACGAAGCUUUUGCGGCGAGUUUGAGAUUCCUGACUUGGAAGACGGCUCAGAAUCAGAAUCGGAACACUCCCUUGGAUCGAUCGGAGGGUCACCGGAGAAAGAUUGCCGGAUUUGUCAUUUGGGUUUAGAGAGCAGCCGACAUGAAUGUGGAGAUCCAAUGGUUCUUGGAUGUUCCUGUAAAGAUGAUUUGGGUUAUGUUCAUAAGCAAUGUGCCGAGACUUGGUUCAAAAUCAAGGGUAACAAGACUUGCGAGAUUUGUCGCUCCAUAGCUCAAAACUUCUCUAAAGUUGCCAACGAGAUUGAUCAAACAACGAUUGAAACCAAUGUGGAUGACGUGGAGGCCGGAAAUUCGUCCACGGUGGUGGCUACAAGCGAUUCCGAUGACCGGAGAUUCUGGAGGGGAAACAGAUUCCUUAACUUCCUAUUAACAUGUAUGGUCUCUGCAUUUGUAAUCUCAUGGUUCUUCCACUUUAACUUGUCUUCACAACAAUGA